AAUUAUCUCUAAAGAGGAUUGGCCCCUACUCCUAUCCCUCAUUAUCAGCAAAGGAAACAAAAAACAAAUGGCCCUCUAUACGAUGGUGAUGGAGGAGAUAACACCGGCAGCCUUCUUCACAAUCGUCCUUCUCAUGGUUGUGCUUUACAGAACGUUGUGCGCCAUGUUUGUUGCGAUGAAGAAUUCUAGUAAUACUAAUGCACAGCCAAUCCACCUGGAAGAAGUUACUGACCAUCAAUUAACUGGUUCUCUACUAGGUAGUACUGAGAGGACGACUUCUUCCACGGCCUUCCAAGGAGCCUCUUCCUCCUCUUCAUCUUUGUCCAUUCGUCCGUGCAGGUAUGAUGUAUUCUUGAGUUUUAAAGGCGAAGAUACUCGCCACAAUUUUAUUGCCCAUCUACACCAGGCUUUGCUUCAAAAGGGAAUCAACACCUUCAUUGAUGAUGAGGAGCUUGAAAGCGGCGAGGAGAUUGCUUCAUCACUUAUCCAAGCUAUAGAAGAGUCAAAGAUUUCAAUCGUUGUAUUCUCUCAAGCCUAUGCAUCAUCCAAAUGGUGCUUGGACGAACUACUGAAGAUCCUUGAGUGUAAAGAAACUAAUGGACAAAUUGUUCUACCAGUAUUUUACAAGGUGGAUCCGUCGGACGUACGACAUCAAAAGAAGAAUUUUGAAAUAGCGUUCGCUAAACAUCAAGAGAGAUUCAAGGAUGACAUCAAAGUGCAGAGGUGGAAGUCAGCCCUAACGCAAGUCGCCAAUUUGUCCGGGUAUCAUUUAGAGAAUUAUGAGAAUGAAGCCAAAUUUAUUGACAACAUCGUUCAAACUGUCUCAAGAAACGUUAAUCGCACAUGCUUACAUGUUGCCAAGCAUCCAGUUGGAAUAGAGUCUCGUUUAAAGGAGAUCAUUUCACUUUUAAGUAUGAGGAAGAAUGAUACACGCAUGGUAGGGAUCUUAGGAGUUGGUGGAAUUGGUAAGACAACUAUUGCCAAAAGCAUUUACAACUCGAUUGCUUCUCAGUUUGAAGGUAGUUGUUUUCUUGCAAAUGUUAGAGAAAAUUCUAGGCGAGAGUCUGGUUUUGUCAAACUACAAAAUGCACUUCUUUCAAAACUCCUAGGACAUACUAUGGUGAUUGACAAUGUUGAUGAAGGAAUUACUGUGAUAAAGAAAAGGCUUUGCUCUAAAAAAGUACUCCUUGUUCUUGAUGAUGUGGAUCAAUCGGUUCAAUUAGAUAAUUUGGCUGGAGAAGCUGAUUGGUUUGGUGUAGGAAGUAUAAUCAUCAUAACGACAAGAGACAGGAAAGUAUUGACUAAUCAUGGAGUAGUUGAUGAUCUAAUCUAUAACAUGAAGGAAUUGAACCAAAAUGAAGCUCUUGAGCUCUUUUGUAGGAAUGCUUUCAAAGGAGAAAAACCUAUUGAUGACUUCCUAAAACUAACGAAAGAUGUAAUUAGUUAUUGUGGGCGCCUUCCACUAGCUUUAGAAGUGCUAGGUUCAUAUCUACAUGGCAGAGAUAUGCAUCAAUGGAAAAGUGCAUUGGAUAAGUACAAAAGAAUUCCUCACACAAAUAUUCAAGAAAGACUUCAAAUAAGUUAUGAUGGAUUGGAAGAAAAUGAGAAGAAUAUUUUUCUUGACAUUGCAUGCUUUUUCAAAGGAGAGUCGGCAGAUUAUGUUCUAAAAAUUCUAGAUGCUUGUGGUUUCUUCCCGGAUGUUGGUAUCCAAGUGCUUAUAGAGAAGUCUCUCAUAACCAUUGAUGAGUACAACAAUUUGGCGAUGCAUGACUUAUUGCAGGACAUGGGUAGAGAAGUUGUUCGACAAGAAUCACCUUCAAUCCCUGGCAAACGCAGUAGGUUGUGGCUAUAUGAAGAUGUUCGUGCUGUCCUUGAGAAAGAUAUGGUAGGAACAAACAAUAUUCAAAGCAUAGUGAUAGAUUUGCCUGGAGAAGAUCGGGUGUGCUUGGCUUCCAAUGGCUUCGCGAGGAUGACAAGCCUUAAACUACUUAUUUGUAAGUCUAGUGUAUACUUUUCUAAACAGCCUACUUAUCUCCCUGAAGAGUUAAGAGUUAUUGAUUGGAAUGGAUAUCCUCUCGAAUAUCUCCCAUCCAAUUUUCGUGGAAGGAACAUGAGGAUUUUAAGAAUGCCUCGGAGCAAUAUAAAGGAAUUGAAGCAAAUUCAGAGUUGUAAAUGCAUUUCGAUUAUGGAUUUCUCUAAUUCUAAAUCCCUAAAAAUAUUUCCGGAUGUUUCAAGUCUUAUAAUGUUAGAGAAAUUGACUCUUGAUGGUUGUAUAGAUUUAGUUGAGAUUCAUCAUUCUGUUGGAUUUCUUGAUAAGCUAGAGCAUUUGAGUAUUGAACGAUGCUAUAACCUCAGCAGUUUUCCAAGAAGCCUCAUGUUGAGAUCUCUAAAAUAUCUUAGCCUUCUGUAUUGCCCAAAGCUUAAUGACUUUCCUGAAAUUAAUUGUCAGAUGAAGUUUUUAGAAUACAUUAACUUUGGGCACACCGGUAUAAAAGAAUUGCCUUCAUCAAUUCGGAAUGUCAGUGGGCUUAAAGAUUUAGUACUAGAAGGUUGCAUAAAUCUUAUGAAUCUUCCAAGUAGCAUUUAUCAACUGCAACAUUUAAAGCAUCUUAAUCUCAAGGGUUGUUCAAGACUUGUAAAGUUUCCCAAGAAGUUGUGGGAUAACCAACAAUACAUGCCACCUCCUAUGAAUCCAAGUGUUUCUAAUCAUGGUUGUUCCUCGAUAGUAUUUCCGGCACUACAAGUGUUGAAUCUCAGAGAUUGUGUCCUAUUUGAAUUUUCAAAUUUCUUUAGGAUAUUUAAUUUCUCCUCCACAUUGGAAGUCUUAGAUAUCUCGGGGACUGCUAUUGUUACCAUUCCUGCCUGCAUCAAAAGAUUUGUUUGCUUGAGGCAACUUUGGUUGUGUAAUUGCAAGCAAUUACGAGAAAUUCUAGAACGUCCACCAAAUAUAGAAUACGUGUAUGCAGAGGGGUGCAUCUCAUUGGAGACAUUUCUCGAAGAACCACAAAGAUCUCAAUUAUUUACUACAUGGUGCUUACCAGAGAUUGUGGCAACACCUCAGCCAUCGAGGGAACAUCCUAAGCGCCGUCACUUUAAUUGUUUACUUUCGGGAAAUAAGGUUCCAGAUUGGCUCAACUAUCAUAAAGAAGCUUCAAAUAGUAAUUCAUGUGAAAUAGUUAUUGAUGAGCCUGCAGAUUUGAAUGGGGAGAUCACAACAAUUGCUUUCUCUGCUGUUGUUGUUGGAAUAGAGCAUGUACAAGAUUAUGGUAUUCUCUCAAUUUCUGCUUACGUCAUCAGUGAUGGUGUAGAAAUCUAUAGUGGCAAUGGAGCAUUUCAGGUUUCGGGCUCAAAUUAUGUAUGGUUGCAUUUCCAUGUUCCAGAAUCUUUUAAGCUUAAGGCGUAUAAUGGUCAUCUGCAAGUUAAAUUUGUUUGCUUCAGUGAUUCAAAGUCGAAGGUCUUUAAAAGUUGCGGAUUCCAUCUAAUACGUAGAAUAGAAGGCGAUAUUUCUAAUAGAUGGUAUUCAAUUAGGAAGAGAUCCCGAGAUGAUGAUGAUGAUGGUGCCGACUUGGAAUCCAAUUGGUAUUGGACCCGAGGAUAAUCAUUCAUACAAGUAAAAGACUCGAGCCAAAUACGUUUGCUUUUCAGUUCAGUAAUUCCAGACUUGAAGGCAUACCACAACUGUCAACAGGAAACAUGGAGCAUAAAGUUUCCUGGUUUUCAAGCAGCUGAGCCUGCGUGACAGCCACCUCUUGAAUGACAUUGUUGGACAUUGGAUGAGAGCAACGGAGGUGAUUGGGGCUGAAUUUUCUUACAUGACUCCAAUUUAUGAUAUAAAUGCAUACAUCCCAUUGGUGGCAUUUGGUAAAUACGUGUUUCUUGCUGGCUUCUUCUUAGGCAUGAAUGGGGAAGUUCAGCCUAGAAGCUACAUUACACUUGCAGGGAGACAAGUUCCUUUUACUUGAUAUGGUAGCCUAUGGUUGCUAAACUUUGACCUGUUUCCCUCUUAUACAAACCUAAGCAGAUUUGUUUGGUACCAAGUUUGUGCAGGGCAGCCAAAUAUAUGGGACAGAGCCGCUAGCUUUGGCUAUAAUGAUGCAACAACUACAGAGGCAGAGAGAGGUGUUCUAACAUAAGAGCUUCAUCGAAGUUCACGGUGAAGCCAACACGUUCUCUUCUGUUGAUGAUGCAUCGACUUUUCUCAACUCAAGAGCAAAGAGCUAAACUGGUUCUGCAACCCAAUUAUUAUCUCUAGUUGGUAGUAGCAACUAGCAAAGAGGAUGACUUCUUCCCUGGCCGUCCGACGAUCCUCGUUGUCUACUUUAUCCACCCAUCAGUGGACUCACCAUGUGUUCUUGAGCUUUAGAGGCGAAGAUACUAGCAGAAAUUUUAUUGCCAAUCUAUAAUGGCAUAAGCCAUUUUUCAAGAACUUUAGAGGGGAAGAUUGUUAAUUUGUGUUCAAGAACAUGUUGAACGAUAGUGGGAUAACUGGAUAAGCCAUUUUUCUUCAAAGACCGUAAGUGUGUUCUUGUGAAGUAAUAUUAUUUAAAUUUGUCAAUUCUCUAUGUUAAUUCACAAAGUAUAAAUCAAUUUUAUAAGGUUAAUUGUGGCCUU